AGUUACUUAAAAAAUUGUUAUAGGAAUAAUACUGCAUUUAAAUAGUUUCUGAUAAUUGGCAAGUGUUGCUUAGCGUAAAAUAAUUUAAACAUUAUUGUUUACAUCAGCUGUUGAAUUAUUGAAAUAAAAAUUACUCCAAAAUGAUGCCAGGACGUCAUCCAGUGUCAGAUAAUCCAUUGGGUUUAUCAUGGCACGACAGUGCAUGGAUACCUGUUUUAAAUCCUUCAAAUAUAAUGGAUUACUUUUCGGAACGUAGUAAUCCGUUUUACGACAGCACUUGCAACAAUGAGACCGUUAAAAUGCAGCGGCUUAGUCCUGAGCAGCUUCAAAACAUGACAGGAUGUGAAUAUGUGUUGCUCCAUGUACAAGAUCCUAUUUUAUAUGUGAUACGGAAGCAGCAUCGUUACUCACCAACCCAAGUAACUCCCCUGGCAGACUAUUAUGUAAUCGCUGGUACCGUCUACCAAGCACCUGAUCUAGCUUCUGUUGUUAAUUCUCGAUUACUUUCGACGAUUCAUCAUUUGCAAUCGGCAUUUGAAGAAUCUAGUUCUUAUUCAAAGUAUCAUCCGAGCAAAGGGUACUCUUGGGACUUUAAAAAUGGCAAACCGCUAUCGACUAAGAAAGAAGCUCCCCUGAGGGAAGAGCCUAGUUCAUUGUUCCAGAGACAAAGGGUCGAUAUGCUUCUUGCUGAAAUUACGCGCAAGUUUCCGCCCCCUGCUCCUAAACCCAUACAGCAGCCGGCUGAACAACCAGUUUCAGCUGUUGAAAUUAAACAAGAAAUUUUAACAUUGAAAGAGAUAAAAACUGAAAAGCGAGAUAUGAAACCACCACCAGAAAGAAAGCCACGGAGUUAAUUAUUCGCUUUUACAUAUUUAUAUAAAUUAACAAUAUAAUAUAUUGAAAUAAAUCAAAAACAAAAAAGUAAAUGAUUUAAUUUUGACUA